AUGUUAUCAUUGUGGUAUAAAAAUGCACAACAUAAUUAUGAUGAAUUGAAAUUCAAACUACAAUCAUUCGGAAUAUUAGUAUAUGAUGUGGAAUUAGAAUUUCGGCAAAUAGUAAAUGUGGUAAUGUCAGUAAAAAGAUUCAAACUUAGGAUUUUAAAAUAUUAUCAAGAUUUGAGUAAGCUCACAACAUUAAAAGUUAUAAAACCAAUUGAUAUUAAUGUGCCACCAUCAACACCACCUUACUGUUAA